AUGAAGUUGUUCCAAAGCCUCCGAGGCAGGAACCUGUACCUGUUGAUGAAGCUUGUAUGCGGUGCUUCGUUCAUGAUGUAUGGCUACGAUGCUGGCGUGUUGGGCGGCGUCCUGCUCCAUAAGCCCUUCAUCGAGGCCAUUGGGCUCGAGAACACUGGACAAUACACCAUUCCGAUGAUAUCAAGUGCCUACAGUCUGGCUGCCUUUGUCACAUCCGUCGUCAUAGGCUUCUUUUCCUUCAAGCUGGGUCGCCGUGGCACGAUCAUCUUGGGAAACGUGGGCGCAAUCAUCGGCUCUGUUAUCCAAGCCUCGUCGUACAGCAUCGCCCAACUAAUCGUCGGCAGAUGCUGCACAGGCUUCGCCAUCGGCUGCAUCUCGUCGGCCGUCCCCAUUUACCUUUCAGAGACUGGAGUGGAUUCGGGGGAUCGAGGUCCGGCAAAUGCUCUGAACGCCAUCAUGUUGAUCUCUGGUGUCCCGCUGGCCUACUGGAUCGACUAUGGCUUUACCAAGAUGGAUAACCAAGUCUCCUGGCGAGUCCCUGUCAUCUUCCAGAUCGUCUUCGCAAUGAUUGGCGGCGGGUCCAUGCUGUUUCUUCCGGAUACCCCGAGAUGGUAUUAUGCUCAGAAUCGCAUCCCCGAGGGCGAUGCAAUCCUGGCGCGUCUUCAUGACGUCCCCUCGACCGACGAUCCUGAUGUUCAACGCACCAGGCAGGAAAUCCUGCUGGCCAUUGAGUCCGAGUUGGAAGCCAGCGCCAGCUUGCAUUGGCAGCAAUUCAUCACCUCCGGUCUCAUCGACCACUCACCCCUGAAGAUUGCAAGAAGAUUGUGUAUCUGCUUCUGGCUGCCCUUUAUUCGUGAGUGGAUGGGUAGCUCUCUGAUGGCGUAUUAUAGCUCCAUUAUCUUGUCCAACACUGGAGCGACUCCCACUUUGAUUUCCGCCCUUGCCGGAGUUCAGAACAUUAUUUUUGCACUGGGCUGCGUACCUCUCUAUUUCACCAUCGAACGAGCUGGUCGCAGAAGCACCCUCCUUUACGGCGCCAUGGCCAUGACCCUCCUCCUCGUCAUCUUCAUCGCUUUGGUUGCCGUCCCCCAGACCGCAUCUAUCCGGUGGGCCUCGAUUGCCAUUUUGUGGCUCUUCCUCUUCAUCAUGGGCUAUGCCUACGAAGGCGCGGUCUGGCUGUACUGCGCCGAGAUUUCCCCGCUCGAAUAUCGCCACAUUGGUGGUGCGGCGACGUCCGCUGGUGAAUGGCUGGGAACUUUCCUGACCGUCUUUGUGGGACCUAUUGGUUUCGACAACUGUGGGUGGCAUUUCUGGUUCUGGGUGCUGAGCGGAAAUCUAGUGGCCGUCGCCUUCGUAUUCUUCUUGUGCCCAGAGACUGGUGGGAAGACCCUGGAACAAGUCGACAACUUGUUCACGACAGGUGGAAUCGCGGCCGGCAUCUCCAAAGCCCCUUACGGCGAGGAGCACUGGGUGGAGACAUCCGAGGAGAAGGGGCCAGAGGCCAACACUACUACAGCAGUCAAUUGA